AUGUCUGUCACUGAAAAGAAGAUCGAACCCGAGAUAGGUGCUGUGCCUUCAAAGGUCUACUCUGAGACGGUCGGGACGAUCGAAAAGCUCCAGGACUCGGACGAUGCUGCGAAUCAAGAAUUCUACGGCAAUUCUAUCAGCGACUCUUAUCGUUUCAAAUCAGAGCUUGUCAACAAGUGUAUGCAAGAGAUUGGUUUCGGACGGUAUCAGUAUGAGCUGUUCGUUGUCACAGGUUUUGGCUGGAUUACAGAUAAUUUCUGGUCCCAGGGUAUUGGCACCAUUCAGCCUGCCGUCAGACUCGAGUUCAACGACGUUACCAGAGUUGCGUUCAGUUCGAUAGCAUAUUAUGCCGGAUUGAUCUGUGGAGCAUCUUUCUGGGGUAUAUCUGCUGAUUUUAUUGGCCGCAAGCCAGCAUUCAACGUUACUCUUUUGAUCGGUGGCAUCUUUGGUCUUGCUGUAGGAGGCGUCAACAACUUUAUCGGCUUUUGCGUGCUCUGGGCUAUCAUUGGCACAGCUGCAGGUGGCAAUGUCCCUGUAGACUCUAUGAUAUUUCUCGAGUUCGUGCCAGGAUCUCACCAGUAUCUGCUCACAGCACUUUCCGCAUGGUGGAAUCUUGGACAAGUCAUUGUCUCUCUCAUCGGAUGGGUUUUCAUCGCCAACUUCACUUGUCCUACGGGCUCUACACCUGAGACAUGCCGUAGAGAGGAUAAUAUGGGAUGGCGAUAUGUCAUGUUCACCCUAGGCGCUUUGACACUAGCCUUCGCAUUCGUUCGAAUGUUCGUCUUCAAGAUGCCUGAAUCACCACGAUACUUGCUUUCUAAAAACAGAGAUGCGGAAGCAGUCGAAGCAGUUAACUACGUUGCAAGACGUAACGGAAAACCUGAACCUCUUACCUUGGCCAUGUUUCGACAGAUUGAUCUUGAUCUUGGCAUCAUUGUAAACCCUGAAGAGACGGGCAGGCAAGGCCUCACACGGACUCAAAUUCUCAAAGAGAAUCUAGCGGAUUUCAAGUCAACCAACUUUAAGAAUCUGUUUGCUACUCGCAAACUGGCCCAGCACACCACAAUUAUCUGGCUCAUUUGGCUUACGAUCGGCAUUGCGUAUCCACUAUAUUUCAAUUUCCUACCUACUUACCUGGCUCAGAAGUUUACCGACAACUCUUCUUUCGACGACACAUACAGGAACUAUUGCAUUGCCUCAACAGUUGGAGUGGUAGGUCCAGUCGCAGCAGCCUUCGCCGUGCGAACUAAACUUGGACGUCGCUACAUGAUGGGCAUUUCUGCUAUCAUAACUGGAGUCUUCCUGUUCUCUUAUACUGCAGCAAGGACACCGGCUGCCAACCUGGCAUUCACCUGCAUAAGUGGUUUGUGGGGUAACUUCGAAUACGCAAUCAUGUACGCUUUUACCCCAGAAAGCUACUCGGCUCCUCAGCGUGGACUUGGUACUGGAUUCGCUGCGACCUUGUUGAGAUUCGGUGGCCUCUGUGCAAGUUUGAUCGGCACAUAUUCCGACUUUACUGUGGUUCCAAUUUACGUGUCGGCUGGUAUGUGGAUGGCAGUGGGAUUAAUCUCUUUUGGUCUGCCAUUUGAGACCCAACAGCACGCCGCUAUCUAG